AUGCUCUGUGGGACGCGCAAACCUCCAGAAGAUUCUCAAGAUGCUGAAACGAGCAGCAGUGCUUCUUAUCGAAGUUCAAUAAGAGGAGAACAUGAAGGGGCUGAGGAUCAUCAUUUUGCUGUCUAUUGCCCCGUCUCACAGACGCUGAGCGCUGGUUCUGUCUAUGCUCUGUCUCUCAUGUCGUCGGGAAAUGGGUUUGCUCCACUGGAAAUGCUCGGAGUGCAAGGGCAGUCCGACAAGCAUUUCGAGCAAGGAAUUUCCAUUGGCGACGUUGGCUACUUCCACAAGAACGGAAGAUUCACAUACCUGUUCAACAUAUUUUACCCGGCAGACGAUCCCAUUCAGACUCGACACGUCCCACGCAAAUUCAGCCCCGUUGGACCACUAUCCGACUGGGAGAUCCAAAAAAUCUCCGACCACUUUGCGCCUGGGGCUGUCGUUGCCAGCGAAGGCGUCCAAGUUACCCAGACGUCUGAACCACCGAGACAGAUUCGUUUUUCGUCAUCGGCACGCGAAGGUGCUGUAGUCGUCUUCCCCACAGGCGGCGCUCGAGAGGACCUCGCUGAUACAUCCAAACUGUAUCCAUACAUCAAGGAGCACGCGGUCGACUGGUACCAGUCUCGCAACCUCUAUAGUGGCAGUGAGAAUAUUCUCCCUUCACCCCCAGGAAUGAACGGAACUCUCUUUGUUGUGACUGGCACCGACAGGGCAACUUCAUGUGCUACUGCGUUGUUUCCGAUGGAUCCGGACGUCGCAAUCACUUCUCAUUUAUUUGAAUACGAUGAAUCGUUAGAGAAUGCGUGGGUUGCAGAGAUCCCUUCCGCGAGAACCACGUACGUAACAGAGUCCAUGCAACCCGGUCAACGCUAUUCGAUAUUCCUCCGUGGGAUCACCAUAGCCUUGGGCGCACCAUCUUGGUUGAGACACCUUCCUCAUAUACCAGCUGAGGAUGUUCCUGUAUACGUUGCUCUUGCAAAGCCUCUUCUUCCGCCGCAGGGUCGUAUAGGUGCCCUUCUUGAGCAGCUUAGGGGUCUUGACAAACUCGCUUUUCCGACGAACUCCAAGCAGGUCAUGUUCCAUCCGGCAAUGGUUCUUCUACAGCUUAUGAUCGAUUAUGAGCCCUCUGUCGACGUGGCCAUUGUGGAGGAUUCAACGUGGUGCUCCCUGGUCGGCGGUCGGAACCUGACGCAUCCCCAAGUCGUUGAGCUCUUGAAGAAGGUUAUUCACUCCUACGAGAUCUCCAUUGCCGAUGGAAUCGCAACUCUUGUCGAAAAGCCAGAACAAAAGACGCGCCCAUCUCUACAUCUUGUGUUGAAAAGUCUCCUGCCAUGGGCCAAGCCCGUAUCAUUCCAGAAGAAGGCCUUACGUACUCUGCCCGCCAUUCUCCAUCGGCCGCGGUCACGAUAA